AUGGCUGAACAUAAUAAACAGUCAAAAGAGAUGGAGAACUCAAUGGAAAAUCAAGAUGAGUCACUUCAGAACAUGCAGAUAAAAGGCCCAUGGACUCGUGAGGAAGAUGAGAAGUUAAGAGUCCUUGUUGGAGCCUUUGGACCCAAAAGAUGGACCUAUAUUGCUAAGAAGUUAGGCGGACGUAUCGGAAAACAGUGUCGUGAACGAUGGCACAACCAUUUAGACCCAAGUAUUGUUAAAACUCCUUUUACUUAUGAGGAAGACCAGCUUAUUUUAAUGUUACAUAGCCGGUAUGGCAACAAAUGGUCUGAUAUUGCUAAGCAUCUACCCGGUCGAACGGAUAAUGCUAUCAAGAACCAUUGGAACAGUAGUAUGCAAAAGAAGGCGGUUAAAAACAAAAGAUCAAACAGUGUUUCUGGGGACUUCAUUUCAGCGCACUUCCCAGAAAGAGAGAGAAGGUUGUUCAUUCAAGAAGAUCCAUCACGGGAGAAGGAUAAGUGGACUAGAAGAAGAACUGCUUCAGUUUGUGUUUCUUCUCAGGUGAAUGACCAUUUACUAAGUGCUCUGGCUUAUACGGCCUAUAAUGAGCUUUCCAAAACCAAGCAAAUGUACUAUAACGAUGGAGGUGACCAGAAACGAAAAUGGAACAUUCCUCUUCAGACCAUACAGAGACAGACUCCAGAAAAGCCGGCUAAAGGUCCUUCUGAAGAGGACGAUGUCAUGGCCGGUUUGAUGUUGCUGUCUUUGGAACGAGCCAUCAAAUGA